CCAUUCUUCGUUCAACACGCUUACGUCACAACACCUGUAAGUCCUAGCGUAGGGUAAAGACCUUACGCGUACGAGGGACAAACCCACAGUUGUUGAAGGAAGAUUGGUCGUUUUACGUUCAGUUGUUGUCUUGUUGCUAUUGUACAGUAUUGCCUUUAAACGUUCAAACUCUUCACUAUGGACAGCGAAGAAGUUGCAAUGAAAGCUGCAAAGAGACGAGAACGCCAGUCAGGUCCAAGCAGCGCUUUACAUGAUACGGAAGCCUUGGAGAGUGGAGACUCUGAUAUUGGCUUCUGUGGUUGGAUGUUGGUGGGACUGUCUCUUCUUCUCAUGGUGGUCACACUGCCCCUCUCCAUUUGGAUGUGCAUUAAGAUCGUGAAGGAGUAUGAGCGAGCCAUUAUUUUCCGCCUGGGACGCCUUCUGCGAGGAGGAGCCAAAGGACCAGGUUUGUUCUUCAUCUUGCCGUGCACUGACAGCUUUAUUAACGUGGACAUGCGCACCAUCACCUUCGACAUCCCACCGCAAGAGGUUCUGACGAAAGACUCGGUGACGGUGAGCGUGGAUGGCGUGGUUUACUACCGAGUUCAGAAUGCUACUCUGGCCGUGGCCAACAUCACUAACGCAGAUGCCGCCACUCGCCUGUUGGCCCAGACCACAUUGAGGAACGUUCUUGGUACCAAGAACCUGGCGGAGAUCCUGUCUGACCGUGAAGAAAUUGCACACAGCAUGCAGUCUACUCUUGACGACGCAACUGAUGACUGGGGCAUCAAGGUGGAGCGGGUUGAGAUUAAGGACGUCAAGCUUCCCCUGCAGCUCCAGCGAGCCAUGGCGGCCGAGGCUGAGGCCACACGGGAGGCCAGGGCCAAGGUUAUUGCUGCAGAGGGAGAGAUGAACGCCUCGAGGGCGUUAAAGGAGGCGUCGUUGGUGAUCGCCGAGUCUCCGUCUGCCUUGCAGCUGCGCUACCUGCAGACCCUCAACACCAUUGCGGCCGAGAAGAACUCCACCAUCAUUUUCCCUCUGCCUCUGGAGAUGAUGCAGGGUUUCACCAAACACUAAAAAGCAAAGCAUCGUCCACAAGUAAAAAGCAUGCACACACACACGACAUUUUCCACUUCUUAUGUUGUUGUCCAAACAUACAAGUGCCUGACACACACACACACUCUCUGUUCAUCCAUAUCGCCUGAUGCUGCCGUACCGCUGAAACCACUGCCGGCAUAUGCUUUAUUUUAUUCACAUAUAUUUUAGAAUCUAUUUUAAACAAAUUAUUAUUAUUCAACAUAGACGAAUAUGCUAUACAUAAGUCAUUAUCAAUCUUAGCAACACAUGUUGCUAAGCAGAAUUGGCUGAGCACAUCCAAACCUCUCACCUGCCUCCUCAUGUGUAUCUUUGUCUUCUUUAUCUUUUAACUAGAGGACGUAUAGAGUAUAACGUAUAGAGUACUAACCUGCAUGAGGGCUGUACAGCUGCAUUAGAAAAGACGCGUCCAGGUUGUGGACAGGAGGAGUGCCGUGCAAUUAACACUUCAAAUACCCUAAAUGGUGCCAUAUUUGUCAUCGAAGAUCUUAUAAUACAGCUCUACUGUAUUGUGGAAUGCUAUAAAGCUGGGUUUUUUUAGGUUUAUUCCCUAUGACUUGCUCAAGCCAUGCAGAAAACAAAGUCAUCUUUGAAGAAAAAGCCUUAACAUUUUUCUAUGCAUUUGCAAACAUAGCCUAAGAAGUUACAGUAAGUAUUUAGCCGAAAACAAGCCAAAUAGUCGAUAGGCUUUGGACUAGUCACUUUUUAUUGAAUGUGAGCAUACGCUAAUACAGUGAAUUUCUAACUGACUACUACUAAAUCAUGUAGAAUUAGUUCAUAUACAGCAUACAGUACUGCUUCACGCAAUGCCGUCACAUUAUUCACGGCCAUCUAACGGUAGAUGGUUUAGCUUUGAGAAGUGAAAUAUGCAUUAUAGCUGUUACUCAUUUUGUUACUUAAAAAUUAUGUUACAUUUGUUUUGUAAAGGGUUAAGAUUGCACCUCUGAUGUUUGUAUUUUUAUUAUUUAUACCAAACAAAUCCAGUAGAAACAAUAAAAAACCAAACUAUUUACUGAAAGCCAACUACUUUUAUUUGCAUACAAAUGUAGUAUAUAAUACUUCAAGUAAAAUGAAAUGUAUUAUUAUUUUCUGUAUUUGACUUAAGCCAGUCAGUAGUUUUUGUUCUGGUUUUAUCCUGACAAAAUAUUAAAGAUGGUAUC